GCUGCUGGCGGAGGCCGAAGGAGAAGGUGGCGGUGGAGGCGGUGGUCGAAGAGGAAAGUGCCCCGGAGCCAGAGCCAGAGAGGCGGCCGUCGCCCCCCACUCGCCCCCGAAGGAAGUCAAGCGCCGCCGCCCCCACCACCUCCUCCUCCUUCAGCGUCCUUGUUCCGCCCCUCGCCACCUUUUCUUUCGUUUUUCCACCCCUCGCGUCUCUUUCCUACCCGGCCACUUUUAUUCCCCUUCCUCCCACCCCGGGACAAUAGAACAGGGCGAUGACCUCCUCCGGCGGCAGCCACCAGCACAGCCAGAGCCGCGCCAUCCCCACCAGGACGGUGCCCAUCAGCGACUCCUCGCAGCUACCUCAUGACUAUUGCACCACGCCCGGGGGCACCCUGUUCUCCACCACUCCUGGAGGUACCCGAAUCAUUUAUGACCGCAAGUUUCUGUUAGAUCGCCGCAAUUCUCCUAUGGCUCAGACUCCUCCUUGCCACCUUCCGAAUAUCCCAGGAGUUACCAGCCCUGGCUCCAUGACUGAGGAUUCCAAAGUGGAAGUAAACAAUCUGAACAAUCAUGAAGGGAAGCCUAUAAUUGGUGAUGAUGCUCAGUUUGAGAUGGACAUCUGAUCUUCCUUGAGGGUAACCAUGGAGAGACAGCAACUCUGGAUCACCUGUGCACAUCCAAUUUGGCCGUCAGGAUCAAUAACUUGAAGGAUGGAAGAAGCAGCCGCUGUUUCCAGUAGCAUCCUCACUUCAGCUUUUGAAGUGCCAAAGGAUAAGAGGACGAUGUCCCACUCCCACCUCUGCCGUCCCCUUGAUACCUAUUAGCCAUGCUAUGCUUCCCCUACCCCUCUGCUUCCCUCCCCCACUUUUUUUUAAACCUCUCAUCUCCCUGGUCUGUGACUGAAUUGAAGCCCAUGGUAAAUUUAUAGAGCUAAGGAAUAUACUUUGGCUUCUCGCACUUUAGAGACAACUUACCAAAUCAUGCACAUGCGAGAAUGUGCUUCCAUCAACAAUUGGAUAUUUAUUGCAAAACACAAAAGGGCCAUGGAAGGGGUGGAUAUAUGCUUGAAGGGACCUGAUACUGCCGUUGUUCUCCUCCCCCUUAACUGCUGUUAACUUGAUGCCAGUUCAUUAACCAGUUUUGAUGUGUCUUUUCUUGAUGUGCGGAAUGCUCUUCCUUGGGUUCUAGUUCUUGUUCCUCAACUGGUUCUAACUAGUUAGCCUAUUUUUGCAUAUGGACGCAGUCUGCUGGACGAGCAUUGCUGUGAUUUCUUUUGCCCUUUCCCUUAAUAAGUUCCUAUCCUGUACCUUUAGGACAACUUAGAAAGAGCCAUUGCUUCAUCAUACACCCAUUUCAGUUUUCAUUUCAUCCCAAGGAGUGCCUCCUUGAACCUCCCAUUUCUGAGGGGGGAAAACCUUCCCAUUUCAAUUUCUUUGUUUGAACCCAUCAGUGUUAAAGGGGAACCACAUUUUCUUCUGAUAUAAUUUGGGAUUACCAUGCUUGAUGGUUCUCAAUACUGUUUGUCCUCAGUCCUUCAAUUUUUGCUGCUGUUUUAAAGUCUUCUGGAUUCUUUGCAAGUCUACUAUUGUGCCAAAAUGAUUAAUUGAAAAAACCUGGCUAUGCUUGAUUAGGUUGGGCUUGGGCUAGAGUCUAAGGCUCUUGGGCAAGUCCUGUGUAGGUUUGCCCCCCCCCCCCAAGGAUUAGUUAUCGGGCUGUUGAGAUGUGCAGUGCUGAUUUCAUGAUGUGUAACUUCAGAAGAUUUGGGGUAGUGGGUGAUCAAAUAGUUGGUAGACAAUUACAUUUCACCACAGGCUUCUCUGGAGGAAAACCAUCUUGUUCCAUAUUUCCUGAAUUCACACAUUACAAAAUCAGCCAGAAAAGCCAUCAAAUUUUAGUCUGUCUGGAUGCAGCUUCAGCAUGCAGGAAUGUAUUGCUGAUGAUCUCACUUAAUCCCACUCAUUUGGCUUUGUUGCCCAUUUCCUGCGUAUUGGGGACCUAUUUGCAUGCUGAUUAGUUCCGGGUGGGUCAACUUUCCCCUAUGGAUUGCAGCUUGCCUGGGAUUGGAAAAGCUGUUGCAAAGAGAAAGCUAGAGAGAGAGAGUGAGAGAGCACACCUGAUGGGUAUUCUGAGGCAACCAGGCUACCUUGUAAUAAUUGCCAAUUGCCUUGGCAUGAGGGAAACAAGUGUGAGUCGUUUGAAUCCAGCCAGUAGAUGAGUUUAUACUUUGGUUGCAAUGCCGCCUGAUAAUUUGAACUGCGAAGAUGCUUCUCUCUAGGGCUGCAGUAUUUAGUAGGGGGUUGUAUUGUAUUCAGUCAAAGUCCAGAGCCUGACAGAAUCAGGCUGCUUCAGUCCAGUUCUGUUGGGUCCCAAGGUGAAGUGGCCUUCCCUCCACCUAACAGAAUUAAGAACAUAGCUUUGCUUACCAACUUGUGUUUCGGAUAUGAUACGCACCUCCAGACUUUAUGUCUCCAACUAGCAUCUUUUCGAUUCACUAAACGCUGCGGUGGGAGGAUGGAGUGUGGUUGACUGACUGACAGGUCCACCUUCUAAUCCUAGGGCACAUUUUUGGGUGCCAAUUGCUGUGCUUUGGGGGAGGGCAAUGAUAGGAAUGUGAGAUGGCCAUUCUUCCAGUGCCACUACACUUCACUAUGAAAAAUGGUUCAACUGGUUUUCAACCAUUAUAACUCCCUAGCCCCUGCACCUUUCCUUCCAAAUUUCAGGUUUCUUGCCCGGGGUCACCUCUUUGAAGUAUGCCAUUGUCAUACAUAUUGAUCAGAAAGACCACUGGGGGGAGGGGGGAGAAAAUUACCCUUCAAAAUUGGAGAACACCCAUUCCACAUGAACUGCUGCAUCUAUCCUUCUGAAACGUAACAGGUUUCUUACUUAGGAUCACCUCUGAGCUGCCUGUAAUUUUCAGAACAAUGGUUCACAAGGAGCAUAGGGGGAUAAACAUGUCCUUUUUUGCAGACCCACAAAAUAUCAAGACUGCACUAGCACAAAACCACUUCCAGCUAUCGUUCUGAAAUACAGUGGGCUUGAUCCCCUCAGAAGGGACAACGAUCCCUCCCAUUCUAAUCCAGUUCUACCAAGAACUAAAAACGUUAUCAGUUCACUUAAAAAUAAAUAAAUAAAUAAAAAUCUGAAGAAGCAUAGCUCAAAAAUCCUUGCAUCUAUUUUUCUGACUUGUAAUUCCUUCCUAAAGGGCUAUUAUGCCAACAACUAUUUAAUUCUGACCAAGAGAAAGAAGUUAUAACUGGUUUUUUUUAUUAUUAUUGGCUGUGAUAGUAAAGCAGAAACAUAGAGGCUUUGUUUUCUGAACCUCAGCUCAAAGCAGGCUGUUUCCUGAAUCAGGGUUCAAGUCAAAAGCUGGGGGUUGGUGCACACCUCUAGUAUUUAUUUCAUUUAAUUGGCUAGAUGAAUAAAUUAAAAAUAUUUUGCUUGAUUUUAAUAAGAUAAGUCCCUGAUAAGUCAGGUAUCAGGUUUUUAAAAAAAAGCAUUUUUACUACUUUGCAAAAACUGCAGGUGAUAGGCAACAGAACGGCAUUCCUUCAUCUUUCGAAUGCAAGGAAUGCUUCUUAAAUAGUGCUUCCUGUGACAUGUGUGCAUCUUAUACAAAGUAUCCCCACCCCCAAACUAGGUUGGGGUCACAGUCAUAUCCAUGUUUCCUUGGAAGUUAUUCCUACUGAGUUAUUCCUACUCCCGAGAGACUUUUUUUUAAGAUUGCAGCCUCUAAGACAGGUGGGAAAACUGCAGUCUUCCCAGAUGGUGUUGGAUUACAAUGUCCGUCAUCUCUGACCAUGUGCCAAGCUGGCUAGGGCUGAUGAGACUUUCCUGCUUCUGAACUAAGAUUCUUUUAAUCAGGGAUCAGACCUAUUUCUCCCAGUUAUGAGUGGUUGACCAGUGGCACUGAUUACUUCAGGCAGCCUCCCAACAGUGGUUCAUGUGCUACCUCUGAAAAACAGGAGAUGAGCGUAUCGUGUGAAAAGCUCACAUUGGUGGCACUGCCCCAAGGGGAAUGCCGCACCAAUUUGGCUAUUUCCCAUUUGGGUUUUGUUCAAAUGUAAUUGGAGUAGAACAGGACCCAGCCUCAGGGAUGUGGCUGCUACGCUAUGAUUGUAACUUGCAAACCACUCCUGGGAGAUAAGCUGAAAACGUAUCAAGUCCGGUUGAAUAUUGACCUAUCAGGUGACAGAGAACACUUCAACUCAACUUAUGAACUUGCCCUCUGUUUCCAGCCCUUGGAAUAGAAGCCUACCCUUAAAUUGUCUUUAUGAAUUGGCAAUGGUCAUAUUUCUCUUUUGGAUUAUUUAAAUGGGAGAAUCUAGUAAAAUAAUGUUGCUUUCUCUCUGCAUGUUCUCUAGUUUUGGAGGUGAGGGUGGGUUGGGUUGCAGGGUUGUUUUUAAUUCAUUUUAUUUGCCUACUCUAAAAUGUGAAUAAUACAGGAGCAAAAUUUGCUUGUAACUGUUGAUCUCUCAGGAAUAGUCUCUGUUUGCAGUGUUUCUGGGGAAAGCAAUGCUGCUUCUGAAGAGAUGAUGUAAACGUGAUUAAGCUGUGAUUAGCAGAGGGAAAUGCUCUUGAGGUGCACUGUAAGCUUCCUGAUUUUGGUUGGGGUACUUACAAAGUGCACUACAAGUUCAGUCCAGAGUCAGAACACAGUUGGAUUUCCACUCUGCCUCCCACAUAAUCACCAGCAGUUGUUUCUGGAACCUCACCGGCUAUUCUGUUGAUGAGGCAGAAUGGAUACAGCUUUGCUCUGCUGUGCUGACAGUAGUGAAACUCAGAUUUGUCCAUGAAUGAAACCAUCUUAUAGUGCAAUCCUAUAUAUGAUUACACAGAAGUAAGUGCCAGUAUAUUGAGUGGGGCUUACUCUCAAGUAAUUGUGCAUAUGAUUGCAAUCUUACUUGGUCAAGGUGGGACAAAGAGGAGGAGAGAGUAGACCCUCAGUUGUUGCUGACAGCCACUGUUAUAGUAUUGUUAAAAUUAAUUUUGGACUAAGGAAAUAACUCCCAACAAUGUUUUCCCCUCCCAGGGAUUUAGCUGUUAGGAAAGAUCUCUGUUCUUUUCACAGCAUUUUAAAAAAAUCUCAACACAAACUGCAGCCAGAUUUUCUAUGUCUCACAAUCAGUUUAGUUGCUGCUUACAAAGGGUGCUGUUGCUUUUGUAGUCUGUUCUAUGAACAUAAGAAAAGAAAAGAUAUUCCAAUAGUCAAGUGCUGACCUGGAAUUUUAGUGAUCAGAUUUCUGUCUCUUGCUCUGCUGCAGGUUUUCUUUGUUUCUCUGGGCAAGUCUCUUAAUCUCUUUGUGCCUCAGUUCCCCAGUUUGUAAAAUGGGGACAAUAAACUCCUACCUCACAGGGUUGUUGUGAGGAUAAAUUUGGUGACAUUUGUAAGGCGCUCUGAGAAAAUAGGGAUGAGUGCCAUGAAAAAGCCAAUAAAUCUGAUUUUCUUUAAAGCCCAGCAAA